AUGAGAAGAGUGGAGAUAGAAUAGUUGAGAAAAGAAAGGAGAUGUGGAUUGUUGAUAAAAAUAUAUAUGUAAAAGUUAGAGUAAAUAAUUAUAUAUUAAUUUAUGGAAUAACAUUUUGAUUAAUAUCAUGAGGAAUAAUAAGGUGAUAUAAUAGAUGAUGAUGUUAAUAAGACUGGAUUAAAUAAGGAAGUACCUUAUGAAGAAUUAAGUGGAGAUGAGGCUAUGGAAUAAUCAUUUAGUGUUAAUUCUUAAUAUAUGGGGAUGAAUAGAAAAGCCAAAACUAAUUUAUUGAUGUCUAGUAUGAUAGUUACUAAAAGCAUAUUAGGCGUAGGAAUCCUAGGAUUAGUAAUUAAUGUACAUCUAUAUAGCCUUAUGUUACAUACAAUUUUGGGGUACUUUUCACAUUAAUUCUUAUUAUCGCAUUCUAUUGGUAAACUUAAUACUGUACAAACAUGUUUUUAUAAUGUAAAAAUUUAUCAAGAAGAAGUAAUAUAUCAACAAUUGGAUUUGCAGCAUUUAAAUCUAAGGGGAUUAUUGUGUUUAUCAAUUUAAUAAUAAUAAUCAAUAAUUUUGGUUUAUGUUUUGCAGAAAUGAUUAUACAAGGAACAGCAGCUUAAAAUUGUGUUAAAUCACUUUUUAAUGCUUAUGAUGGAGAGUGGUAUACAGAAAGAUAAUUUCUAAGUUCAAUCUCAGCAUUAAUAAUGAUUCCUAUGAUGGUAAUUAAAAAAAUAGAAAAACUUAAAUUUGCAGGUGUGACUGCUAUAUUUGCAAUGAGUUUAUUUUGUAUAACAUUAAUUACAAGUUUUAUAAGUACUAUUUAAAAUGAGGGAUUUGCUUUAGGAUUUGCUUUAUUACCUUAUGAUUUUACAUUUAUAAAGGCAUUUGGAGCAUUUCCUACAUUAUUAUUAGCAUAUAAUUGGGAAUUUAAUUUAUUUCCAGUUGCUAAAGGAAUGGAUAAACCAAAUGAUAAGAAAGUAAUGAAAGCUUGUUCUUUUGGAAUGAUAAUAGCAACAUGUUUUUAUUUAUUAGUUGGUAUUAUGGGUUGUGCUAUUUAUGGUAAAGAUUCAGAGACUAAUUUUUUGGCAAGUGUUAAUAAAGAAAAAAUGGGUAUAAUAUAAUUCUAUCUAUUGAAUGGUUCAUUUUAUGUAUCAACUGUAUUGACUACACCAUUAGUAUUCUUUGGAGCUAGAAAUAACUUUUUAUAAUUAAUAAAAGGAGAAAAAAAGAAUAAAGUUAAAGGAGUUAAUUUUGAUUCUUUAGAUGAAAAAGAAAUUGCUUUACUUAAAAAAAAUAAAAAAAAGAGAUAAUAAUCUAAUAAAUAUAUGUAUUACAUUUGGUCUAUUGGACUAUUUGUAAUUAUUACUAUUGGAUCUAUUUAUAUUCAUUCUUUAGAAAUUGCAUUUAAUUUUGUAGGUUCUGUUUCAUCUAAUUCUAUUGGAUGUGUUUUACCUAGUCUAUUUUUAUUUAUGUUGAUGAAAUAAAAUUAUUAGAACAAAUCAAUGACUAAAAUGGAAAGUUUAUAAGAAAGCCUUGCUAAACUAUUUUUUGUUUAUUCUGUAAUCAUGUCAUUUGUUUGUCUAACAAGUGAGAUUCUAACAACCAUUUAUUAAUGA